AUGCUCAAGAGGCAGAAGGCCCGUGAGCGCCGUGAGGAGGAAUUGCGGAAGCUAAUUAAGGAGGUUGAAGAUGCGGUGAGCCCACGCGAGACGCUUCGUGCCUUUCGACGCCCGGAGACUUCCAGGCCACUUGCAAAGCAAGCCAAGCAAGCCAAGCAGGUGAGUCCAGAGGACAGGGUGGAUAAGGUGAGGAAGGACAAAGCUCCUCGAGUGGAGUGGCAACGAGAAGAACGACAAGAGGAAGCCGAUCUGCCGCCGGCAAAGCGACCCAAGGUGUGCCUUGCGGAGCGGAAGAAGGCCCAGCUGGUCUCAGAGACCAAGGCCGCAGCCCCAGCUGUGGAAAUCUCAGAGCCGCAGGAGGUCCCGGUGGAAGGGGAGGAGCCGCGAACAGACUACGACUAUGAGCUGGAGGAAGCGGAAGAGGCCUAUUUCGAAGGCGAAGAAGAGGCAGAUUUCGUGGAAGACGUCGAGGAGGACGGUGAAGCUUUGCAUUUUGUUGCGGAGUUUCUGGUCAGAGUGUAUCGACGAUAG